CCCCAUCCCAUCGUGCGAAAUUCCGUCCUGCGUUGUUUCUCUCUCCUCUCUCGCUCUCCGAUCCUCCUGUGUUCUGUUCAUCAUUUCCUUGUACAUAGUCAUCCCUCUGCGAUUCUUCUUCUUCUUCUUCUUCUUCUUCUUUGAGGAUUCGGAGGUUUGAAGCUUUUGCGCGUUCGGUUCGAUUCCGCAGAUAGAAUUUUGUUGGAUGGUUGCCAGUCCCUCGUUGAAGGAUGAGUAGCCGUGCGUAUGAACUUGGCAGACCCGCCUCAGGCAAGAGAAUAAUAAAGGAUCUAUUAAAUCAGAGUGAUAACCGCUUUUGUGCUGAUUGCAGUGCUCCUGAUCCUAAAUGGGCGUCGGCAAAUAUUGGAGUUUUCAUAUGUUUAAAAUGUUGUGGAGUGCACAGAAGUUUGGGAACUCACAUCUCAAAGGUUUUGUCUGUGACACUGGAUGAUUGGUCUGAUGAUGAGAUUGAUUCCAUGAUUGAAGUCGGAGGGAAUUCUUCUGCAAAUGCAAUUUAUGAGGCAUUUAUCCCUGAAGGAGUUAAAAAGCCUGGACCUGAUACUAGUCAUGAGGAACGCAUGAGAUUUAUCAGAUCUAAGUAUGAGCUUCAAGAAUUUUUGAAGCCUAGCUUACGAAUUGCUUCAAGGCCAUCGGAAAGGAGCACUCUUCAAUCAAGUUUUUCUCGGAAGAUUAUGGAUAGCUUCAGAAGUUCAAAUUCAUCAAAGAAUUCCGAAGGCAUGGUAGAGUUUAUUGGUUUAUUGAAGGUGAAAGUAAUGAAGGGUACAAAUUUAGCCAUCAGAGAUAUGCUAUCAAGUGAUCCUUAUGUUGUCUUGAAUCUUGGGCAUCAGACAGCUCAAACUAAUGUAAUCAAGAGCAACUUAAAUCCAGUUUGGAAUCAGGAACUCAUGCUCUCUGUUCCUCAGGAAUUUGGGCCUCUGAAGUUGCGGGUAUUUGAUCAUGACACGUUUUCAGCUGAUGACAUCAUGGGGGAGGCAGAGGUAGAUCUCCAACCUAUGAUAACAUCUGCGAUGGCGUUUGGAGAUGCUGGAAUGUUCGGAGACAUGCAGAUUGGAAAGUGGCUUAAAUCUCAUGACAAUGCCCUCGUAAAGGACAGCACAGUCAACAUAGUCGAUGGGAAAGUGAAGCAGGAGGUCUCGCUUAAGCUUCAGAAUGUCGAAUCUGGAGAGAUAGAGCUAGAAUUAGAAUGGAUGCCCCUCGACCAAUAGAUUUUAGGUUGGUCAAAUGGGGGAUGCCUGACUAAUUUACUUUUGUUACAGAAGUUUUGAGUUUGGCUUCUCGUGUUUAGAUUUUAGGUUGGUCAAAUGGGGGAUGCCUGACUAAUUUACUUUUGUAACAGAAGUUUGGAUUAAGAAGAUUCUAAGUAAGAAAAUUUAAGGUUUGUAGACCAGUCUUCCGCUUAUAUUUGUCUUCUUGAUGUAACACAUGAACCGUUUUGUCUCCCAAUUCCAUGCACCUUUUAACUUAAGCUGAAUAAUCUGCUCUUAUUCUAA